AUGGGAGUUCAGCAAAAACUCAUUUCUUUCCUCUUUCAUGCUUCUCUUGUAUUCAUCAUGUUCCCUCUUGUUAGCUCAUCUCAAGAGCACCAGCAAAUUACAAGCAGCCCUUCAAGAACCAAAGACAGCAACCACAUUAAGAUGAGUCCAAGACUUCAGUUUGAGAUUACAUUACAUGGCUUUCUCCUGUGGGCUUCAAUGGGGUUCUUGAUGCCUGUUGGUAUACUUGCAAUUAGACUGUCGAACAAAGAGGAGAAUCUAAGAAGGCAUAGAAUUGUGUUUUAUGUUCAUUCGACUUUGCAGAUGAUUGCUGUACUCCUUGCCACAGUUGGAGCAAUCAUGUCCAUAAAAAAUUUCAACAACCUCUUCAACAAUAGUCAUCAAAGAUUAGGAGUUGCACUGUAUGGCAUUAUCUGGGUCCAAGUUUUGCUUGGCAUUUUUCGACAACAAAGGGGAGCCAAAAGAAGUGUGUGGUUCUUAGCACACUGGAUACUUGGAACUGCAGUCACAUUUCUGGGUGUUCUGAAUGUAUAUCUUGGAUUAGGAGCCUACCACCAAAAAACAUCAAAAGGCAUAAAAAUUUGGAACAUACUUUUCACUGUUCAGAUAUCUUUAUUUGUGUUUUUGUACCUUUUUCAAGAAAAAUGGGUCUAUAUACAAAACCAAGGAGUGGUUUUGGGCAAUGAAAUGAUGACUUCUAGUUGUCAAGAAAUUCGUCCUGAUGAAAAGGAGGAGAAGGUAUAG